AUGGAUGAAUAUUAUUAUUGUUCAUCAAAUCAUGAUUAUUCUACGAAGAUUAUUGAAGAUUCUAUUGAUGAAUAUUUAGAUAAUCCUAAUUUAAGUGUUUCAUAUAUGAUUGAAAAAUAUGAUGUUCCUAUGACAAAUAAUGACAAAAAUAAAUCGAAAAAAAAUUUACGUUGUAUUGUAUGUAACGGAAGAGCAUUUGGAUAUAAUUUUGAUCGAAUAUCAUGUGAAAGUUGUAAAGCUUUUUUUCGACGAAAUGCUUUAAGAGAUAUGAAUGAAUUACAUUGUCGAUUUUCUGGUAAUUGUAAUAUUACAGUAGAAACUCGACGACAUUGUUCAUAUUGUCGAAUAAAAAAAUGUUUUGCUGUAGGUAUGAGAAAAGAAUCAAUAAGAAGUGACGAAGAAAAAUUUACGAAACGCCUUCAACUAAUGAAAAAUCAUCGUCGUAAACAUUCUGAGAAGACAAUUGAAAAUCCAACUUUAAUAUCAAUUGGAAAUUCACGUAUUAUAAUGAUAUUAAGUCCAAUAGAUCGAAUACGUCUUAAUAAUAUAAUACAUUGUUAUGAUCAAUUUAGUGGUGAACCUAGUUCAUCAACAUAUUGUCCACCAUCAACAGUUCUUUGUUUACGUAUUGAUGAAUUUUUUAAUCGUAAAAAACCAAUUUUUAUUAAUUUUAUAUCUUAUUUUAAACAUUUACCUGAAUUACAAACAUUAAAUGUUGAUGAUCAAGUAUCAUUAAUUAAACAAAAUAUUCGUCUUUUAAUACCAUUGAAUUAUGCUCUAUUAAAAACACAUAUAAAUUCAAAAUUUCGUGAAACACCACGUAUACAAACAAUUGGUUGUAUUAAUAAUGUUAAUUUACAUGAAAUGUUUCGAUCAUUAUCAAAUUCUUUUGUUGAUUUUGUUACAUAUGAUCCAGUUAUAGUUAAAUUAUUGGUUGUUAUUCUAUUUUUUACAGCUAAUCCUUUAACAACAAGAUCUAUAUAUGAUCCAGUACAGUUCAAACAAUUAAAUAAUAUAAAACAGUUUCAAUCAUCAUAUACUGAAUUAUUAUGGUUAUAUAUGCUUGAAAAAUACGGUGAACAAAAUGCAAUAAUUUUAUUUACAAAAAUGAUAACAAAAUAUUUAUAUCUUCAAAUUGUAAUCGAUGGAAUCGAUUCAAUAAUUCGAAUGAAUAAUGAUAUACAUAAUAUUGAUUCAUUAAUGCAAUCAUUUUUACAACUAACAUAA